CCACCGUCCAGAAACGGGAUGAUCGAGGCAAAUAUGGUCGGGUGGACUUGGUCAGAGGAGACCCCCCUCCUGCACCCCCCCCCCUCCUGCACCCCCCCCCCUCCUCCUUACGCAAAUGAGCCUUUAUUCGUCCUUUGAGUCGGACUGAGGUUUGGGUCCGAAAGAAGAAAACAACCCGGGCUCCUGACCGUGGACUUUAUCGACCAUGGCCUCGACCCCCUCCGCCUCUGCCCUGUCUGCUGUCCUCCGGUGUCGGCGGAAUAUCUGGACCCGGAAUUCUCCGUCCAAGCGGCCUGCAGCCUCGGCGUACAGCCUCGGGUUGUCCGGCGGAACGGGGCGCGACUCCGCCGCGGAACACAGCCGCUCCAAGCAGGCGUCAGCGUGGGAGGCUUUUCUCCACGGAGAGCGGGUUGUGGUGGGAAGACUAGCCGUGGCUUAUACACGAGUGGACGGAAACGUGUCGAGAAAGAAAGAACCUGUGACCGUGGAUAAAGUGUGUCAGACACUUUCGCAACCCAGACUGUGGGACGCAGGGGACGCGCACUCAAGUGUCCAAAACGCACUAAUGCGUCAGCUGGCGCGCAAACUGACACCUAACUUUCCUGGGACAGAUAAAUGCUCUCAAAUGAUUCGGAAAAUUCAGAAUGAAAAGUUUGCUGCACAUAUCUGUUACGCAUUUUCCAUUCACCGGGCCAGUGAUUUUCCACAUGGAGUUUUGAGAGUGUCCCUAAGUUCCACAUGUUUGAUGGAGAAAGCAGGUCAGAUCCCCUCUUUCCUGUGGUUACAACUGAAGAGCACCUGUGUGUCAUUAUCUUCUCUGGUGUCACAAAUCAUGCUCUACAAACUGGCGGUGUUGUGCAAGUCCAACAGCCCGCAGCUGUGCCAACAGGAUGUGAGCAGCAGGGAGGACGAUGUAGUCCAGGUAAAUGGACAAAUCUCAGGUCCUGCUGACUUCCUUGAUGACUGCUUCUCUGAAAACAAGGUCACAGAGGACAGACCUGACUGAGUCCAAGGCCUCAGCACCUUGAACACACAAACACACAGCGUGAUCGAAGCAUAUUUAUUGACUUUACUUGACUUUCACAAACAGCAUUUGGACUUCACCCGGAAAACCAGUUGUUUUCAGAUCAGAGUGGAACUGCUGAUGUAAGAAAAAGAUAGUACAAGUACAUUAUACUCGAGCACUGAAAUGAAAUACAAAUGUCAGGAACCAUUUCAGAUGGAAAUUUGAGGCCACCUUAUCGUAUAUGUCAUCAGACCCAAUGAUGAUCCUUUUGUGAAAUUGAUAAUGGAAUGUAGAAAGACACCAGUUGCUGCCACAUGAAUAUUCUGCUUAAUAAUCCAACAGGCUUUUUGACAUUAAGUUGAGUAAAUGUGAUUUGAAUACUUUAUCUGUAUGCACAUUUAUUUAAAUUCAAAGUGGGAACAGAUUGUAAUUUUCAUUUGAGUUAAUAUUUUAUGAUCUGAAUCUGACUGAAAUAGAGCAGAUGUAGAAAUAUCCAGUUGAGACAAGUUUGUCCUUUCCUUUUAAGAUAGUAUGAUCACACAGGCAUUAGUUAGGGUUUAUAUGUUGUUGAAAGUUAAAAUGUAUAUCUGCACAAUAUAAGUAAUAUUACACUCU